AUGAACGAGGAAGCCGAAGACACCAAAGCCAGAAAACCCAAACCCAGUUGCUUUUCCCAUCUCACCACUGCUUCGCAGACACUCUUCUCCGCCAUGGCGCGAAAACCCCUUCUCAAGCAAACCCUAGCCACGCUCUUCCUCCUAUUCGUCCUCUACUCGAUCUUCAACGCCUUCUUCCACCCCACCGAUUCCUCCGCCUUCGACUCCACCUUCUCCUUCAACUCCGCCUCCUCCGUCCUCCUCGCUUCCGGCUACCCCAAAUCCCCUGCCAUCAAGGUCUUCCUCUACUAUCUCCCCCGCAGAUUCACCCACGGCGUCAUCCGCCACCACGCCCUCGCGCGUGGCGCGCGCAUCUCCGAUGAACACGAUCACGUCUCCUCGCUCAAGUACCCCGGCCACCAGCACAUGGCCGAGUGGUACCUCUUCGCGGAUCUCUCCCGAACCGAUUCCGAACGCGCGGGCUCUCCCGUCUUUCGCGUCUCUGAUCCCGAGGAGGCCGAUUUCUUCUUCGUGCCUUUCUUCUCGUCGCUGAGUUUGAUCGUGAACCCGGUUCGACCGCCCGGUUCGGUCGCCGCCCUGGAGAAACCGGUCUACAGCGACGAGGAGAAUCAGGAUGCGCUGGUUGAGUGGCUGGAGGAGCAGGAGUAUUGGAAGAGGAGCAACGGGAGGGACCACGUGAUCGUGGCUUCGGAUCCGAAUGCCAUGUACCGGGUUAUCGACCGGAUAAAAAAUUGUGUGCUGCUUGUCUCCGAUUUCGGGCGGUUGCGACCCGACCAGGGAUCGCUGGUGAAGGAUGUCGUUGUGCCCUACUCGCACCGUAUCAAAACGUACGCUGGUGAUGUCGGUGUCGCCGAUCGCAAAACCUUGUUGUUUUUCAUGGGCAAUCGGUAUCGCAAAGAGGGAGGGAAAAUCCGUGAUAUACUCUUUCAAAUUCUAGAAAAUGAAAAGGAUGUCAUAAUAAAGCAUGGAGCUCAAUCCAGAGAGAGUCGCAGGGUAGCUUCACAAGGAAUGCAUACAUCAAAGUUUUGUUUACAUCCUGCAGGAGAUACUCCAUCAGCCUGUCGACUGUUUGAUGCUAUAGUUAGCUUGUGUGUUCCAGUCAUUGUCAGUGAUAGUAUUGAGUUACCUUUUGAAGAUGCUAUAGACUACAGAAAAAUUGUUGUAUUUGUAGAAACUACUUCUGCUAUAACGCCAGGAUAUUUGGUGUCAAAAUUAAGAUCUGUGUCCCCAGAAAGAAUCGUAGAAUACCAGAAAGAACUAAAGGAGGUUAAGCGAUACUUCGAAUAUGAAGAUCGCGACGGGACAAUUAAUGAGAUUUGGCGUCAAGUUUCAAAAAAACUACCCUUGAUUAAAUUGAUGAUUAACCGUGAGAAAAGACUUUUUGGAAAGGAAACGGUGUGCUCUUGCGUAUGUACAAACCAGAGCGCGAUUAGUACCCUAUAG